ACGCAUUGUAUAGGGUUCUGACCGCGAUUCUCAGAUCCUGUCGUCGCCAUCAAGCCACCUGGGCGAACCCUCACAUCUUACGCUGCCUGGCUAGAUAAAGCUGGCUGCUACCUGCGGUCUCAGCGUUUGUUAUUAUCAAUCACAACAACUUCAACAUUAGCCCCAUUCGACAGGCUCAGCGCCGACUACCUACUCUAUUAGAUCGUCUCUUCCUGUGCCCUCCCACAACUCAUUGCCAAUUAUAAUCACUGCUCGUUCGCUCUACUCUUCAUGAUGGGUCCGACAAAGCCAAUCCUGCAUCCGUUAACUACACCGAAAAAUAUGAGCUUUCCUUCUGAGCUUCGGGAGCGAACCUACACAACAUGCCUCGAUCUGGACAGACCGUCUAUCGAGAAGAAAGACGAGGAGACCGAGAUCACCAUCACUCCUCCUCCAGCAUACACAGACUUCCUGAACACAUUUAGCCCUAUAUUCUCCAGCCCAACGUCGUCUCGUGCAAACUUCUCCAAAUACAUGCUCGAUAAACCUCGCUCGCCGCCAUCUUCUACUCCGUCGAGCACCACCUCAACCACAUUUCCUCUCAGUCAUUGCCAGAAAGUCGGUAGUGCAGCUAUUCCUCCUCGUGCACCAUCCCCUCCAUGGGCAAGCAAGAGCUCAGGGCAUGGACAACAUCUACGCCUACCGCCGCCGUAUGCUUGCACCCCGACUUCGGAGUCUCCUCGAAGUGCACACCCACUGCGGUCACCGUUGUCACCCUCCGAGUGGCGCAUCCGGCAGUUCGAGUCCCCCGUCAGUGAUGUCGGAAACUCAUUCAGCAUUCGACACGUGGUGACCACUACUAUCACGUAUAAGCGCGCGCCACAACUCGAUCCUCCUCCUCAAGGCAAGAGGAGAAAGAACGCCAGUCGUCGAACUACUUAGUUAUGAUGUGAUGUCCCACAAAGACAGGGAUGUCAAUCUCUUUUUACACCUUGUUUGAUUACAAUCUAGCAUUACUUGCGGACGGUGUUUUAUUCAGAUUUAUGCUUUUGCGGUCUAUGUUAUGUUUGUUCCUCCAGAACUUACGACUCUGUUCUCUUUUGCUUGGGUUUGUCGGUAUGUAAGGAUUACACCAGGAAAUGCAUGAGGACGUCCGGUGGCGCUUUAGGGAGGUCAGCAGCGGCGUUUACGGUUGAUUGUUCAGUCUGUGAGCAUCCUUUCUUGUCACCACAUUGUCAUGUAUAUUUUGGUCGUCGUGCGUGUUUUUCUGCCUGCCUCUUUGUUUACACCUUGAUUCCUUGCGAUAACUACAUCCCACACCCACUAACCACCACCAACUACCACCAACCACUACCACCAAUACCUAGAAUCCUGUGCAAUAAAGAAAACUCC